UCAUGUAUUCACAGGCAACUGUGAUAAAAGCAGAGACUAUGCCAACAGGACCUGACGUAUCAUCAUCAUCAUCAUCAAUGGUACCUGAGCAAGUAACAACUAGACCAGCUGAGCCAGCUGAAAAUGUACCACCUACUAUGGUGAAUCCAUCAUCAGCUGAAGCUGUAACAUCUAGUGGUGGUGGCUUCUUUGGUUCAUUUCGAAAAAAGAUGCGUGAAGCGGCUGGUAUAGAUUCACCAUUCGUUAACCCUUAUUUAGGAAAUGGUCAUCCUUCCACACGGAUCCCUCCUUAUGGACAAACAUCAUCAUCAUCACCUGCUGGUCCUCCUAUAUCAUCUAUUCCAACUCAUCAUCCUUUCAUAUCACCACAACCUCCAUGGGAUGAUUAUUAUUAUCAACAACAAGCUAUGAUGUAUGGUGGUGGUAUGUUUCCAUAUCGCAUGCCUACGAUGAAUUAUCCAAUGGGAACAGGUUAUUAUGGCACUCCAUAUAUGUCACCUUAUUUUUAUCCAAGUAAUAGCUUACUCGAUUAUUAUCAAAUGCAUAACCCAUAUCAUACUGGAUAUCCUUAUUUUGGUAUGCCUUAUACUGCUAGUGCUUUACCUGUUCAGGACAAACGUUUAUUACCAGAGAGAAAUUAUUUUAGUGCUGUCAAAGAUAUUUGGCAUACAAACCUUCAAUAAAAAAAAAAUAAAAAAGGAAAAAAAGAAAAAAGAAAAAUGAUUACCUUUUUUAGAUAUCGGAGUGUCAAAGCCAUGAGUUGUCUUUUCUUUGGAGGUCUGGCGUCA